GUCCAAGUAAGAGAGUUACAUCUAUCUCUUUGUCUAUGGGAAAGGGACUCUUUACCGCCAGUAUUCACAAGUGACCCUACAAGACCUAUCGAACAUGGCGACCCCGGCUGUAUCUCAUCGGAAACAAGAAGAGCCUCUUCCACGCACACACAAGUGUGGCCAGUGCGGUAAGGAGUUUCACAAACUGAAUGACUUGAAGAGACACGUGCGUACUCACACUGGCGAGAGACCAUUUAGAUGUGAGGGGUGUAGCAGGCGGUUUAGUGUGCUGGGUAAUCUGAAGAGACAUAUGAGAACCCACACUGGAGAGAGACCGUAUAAGUGUGAUAAGUGUAGCAAACGGUUUAGUGAGCAGGGGCAUUUAAAGAGGCACAGGCAGACUCACACCGGUGAUAAACCUUACAAAUGUGAAGAGUGCGGCAGACAGUUUAGUCAGUUUGACCAUAUGAAGAGUCAUAUGAGGACUCAUACCGGUGAGAAGCGUUACAGGUGCGAAGAAUGUAGCAAACAGUUCAGUCGGCUUGGUAAUCUGAAGAGACACAUGCGAACUCAUACCAGUCAGAAGCCCUAUAGGUGCGAUGAAUGCAGCAGACAGUUUAGUCAGCAGGGUAAUCUGAAGAAGCAUAAAAUGACUCACACAGGUGAGAAGCCUUACAAAUGUGAGGAGUGCGGCAGACAGUUCAGUCAGCUGGACAAACUGAAAACACACAUGCAGACUCAUACCGGGGAGAAACCAUAUAAGUGUGAAGAAUGCAGCAAACAGUUCAGUGUCCUCGGUUCUCUGAAAAUUCACAUGCGGAUUCACACAGGUGAGAAACCUUACAAAUGUGAGAAGUGCAGCAGACAUUUUAGUGUGCUGAGUAAUCUGAAGACACAUAUAAAAACCCACACCGGUGAAAAACCUUACAGAUGUAAGGAGUGCAGCAGACAGUUCAGCAGGUUGGGUCAACUGAAGAGCCAUAUGCGGACUCACACUGGUGAAGCCCUACCGGUGUAAAGGAUGCAGUAAGACUCAGAGCUUUCGCUAGUCAGACAAUCUCCGGAGCCACAUGCGAACCCACAGCAAUGAAUGUUUAAAGCUACCGAUAUGAUAGUUACAGGCAAGUUCUGCGUUGAGGGUGGCCGCAAGAAACAAGUACGUACAAACAGAGACCACGAACCAACAUUCUUACGCGUGUAUGUUUCAGUCACUGGCGCAAGUCCGAUGCUUCAUUAUAGCAUUUGAUGACAGCGGGCUGUUUAGAAAGACAUUUAAUUAAGGACAGAAAGACUCGUGAUUUGAUUGCAUUCAGAUCACACUAACUGAAGUUGGGACUGCAACUUCAAUUUUGUUGUUGAAAUGUAGGAAUAGUGGUGCACAUGGUUUCGACAUGCAUGGGGAAGAUUGCCGCCAAAUGAACCAUUGAAAAUGGUGUGCAUUCUUCUUUAUUUCACAUUGUAUUGAAUACUAGAUCGCCUGGUCAUCGUAGUUAGGUGGUUAGAAGAAUGUAGGCGUCUCCCUAAGUUUUAGGAUAUUUGAGUGUGGCUAACAUACAGAAUGUAUUUACAUGUACAUUGCCUGGGACUGUUUAGUUAUUAACUGUAUAGACUUGUCUGGUAUAGACAUACAAUUGACCUUAUUGUAAGAUAUUGUCCUUGAAACCUGAAGGUUGUUGGUAUUGUAAUGUUAUAUUACAUUGUACCGCUUUUAUCUCUCUCUUUCUCGCUUGCUUAUAGAUAGAUAUAUUUAGUUUACGUGUACACGAGAUGUGCCAUUGAGACCGUUAAUCAGUACCUAAACACGACACCUCCUGUCUGUUCGACAUCCUGACAACUGGAAUUUCUCUAGAGAUUUUGUUCGUAAAUAUGACGUAAUUUUAACGUGAACUCAUCUCUGUCAAUAUGAUAACUUAGCUGUAAUAGAACAUGUGACAUGAAUAUGUGCUAUAUUAUCAACGGAAUAACUAACAUGUCUUCAAUAAAAGGCAACAUGACUCAAAAGUAUGGUUGGACUGGUAUGUCUCUAUAUCUCAAUGACGCACCAGUAUGUACCCUGACUGACAGAAAGACAUCGCAGUAUACGGACGUUUUCCUUAUUUAGAUGUUUCUAGUAUUCAUCAUCACGGUUUGGGCCAAUGAGUAUCAGGGUUGCUAACACGAUAGUGUACGUACUGAACCAUAAAAUGGGACCACAUAAGUUCCAUUUUGGACAACAUAAUAAAUCCAUAUGAU